UUUUCGAUAGAUUGGAUUAAAAGUGAAGCUGGCGAACAAACUUGGAUCAAAGAAGAAGAAGAAAACUGAAACAGACGAAGCACCUCGCCUGUUCACAUUUGAUCCAAAUGCUAUUGAACGCGGUGCAGAUAUUUGCGAUUUGUUUGAGACAGACGAGGUCGAAGAGGAUUUUAACGACGUCGUUGAUCUCGAUGAUGAACGGGUGGAAGAGGUCGUCUCUCAGGAGCUGGUAGGUAAGCUGGUGGAUAGCAUGUGGUUUCGUGGAUUCAUUCUCGGUGUAAUCGUAACGAAUGCUAUCCUCAUCGGGGCACAGACCAACCAAGAACUGUCUCAGAAGUAUGCCUGGCUUUUCUUCAUCUUCGACUACACUGUCUUGAGUAUCUUUGUGUGUGAGUUGAUUCUCAAAUGGUAUAAUGGGUUCACCAUCUACUGGAAGAUUGGAUGGAAUAUUCUGGAUUUUUUCAUCAUUGUCAUCCUCUUACUUGGACCAACUCUCAAAUUCUUAGGAAGCAGUCGCAUCUUGAGAAUUCUGAGGGUACUUAGGGCUUUCAGAAGUCUCAGAAGUGUGAGUGCCUUAGCCGGUCUUUCUGUUGUGGUGCAAACGAUAUUUCAAUCAAUCCCAGACAUGUCGAACAUCGCAUUUCUGCUUCUCAUCCUCAUGGUUGUUUUUAGUGUGGUGGGCGUGUAUCUCUUUGGUGAUGAUUUUCCAGCUUUCUUCGGGAAUCUUCAGACGGCCAUGUUUUCUCUCUUCAUCUGCGUAACUCAAGAUGGUUGGAUGGGGAUAUUUGAUAGAUUUAAGAAAUCUGAUCACUACUUGAUGGGAGCUAUAUACUUCAUAUUAGCCAUCACUAUCGGGGCAUUCGUCUUUGCCAACCUUGUCGUUGCCGUGGUCGUCACAAAUUUGGACAAAGCCGUCAAAGAGGUAAAACAUGAGAACAAAAUGAGAGAAGAUGUCUUAACCACGAGGAACGUCCAAAAAGAAGAUGAACCCGAUAUUGACAAAGAAGUACCGGUCACAAGCGUUGGAGAGGUCUUAGAAAAAACAGACUUGAGUACUCAGAAGCCGCUACACUUUGGGGAUUUCAAGUAUCUGACGACAGAGAAGUUUCAGAGCUAUAUUGUCCUCAUCUCAGCUCUUGAAGAUAACCUUGCUGAAUAUAAGACGAUCAGAGAUGACCUCGACAAGAUUUUUCGACUAAUCUGGGAAUUGAACGAAAUCGACGACGGAGAUGGUAUUGACUCGAAGUUAUCAUCGCGCCAACCAUCCGAAGCAGCAGCUCCAGAAACUAUAGACUUUAAAACUAUUGGGAAAAAGGGAGACAUCCUUUCCAAUCUUCUGGAACUGGAACAGCAUAAACUGAUCUCCACGCGCCAAGGGAGCCUCUCUGAUCUAAUCAAAGAUGCAGCACGCCUGGUCCCAGUCCCGACCAGCAAAACUCUUGGCCAGCCCGCACACUUCACAUCACAGCACUCCUCUAGAGAUACCAGCAAACCCAAAAGCAAGACGGACCUAGGAGAUACAGGGACAUCCUUGAAGAUCAACCAUGAUGGAGUGAGCGCAGGAACGUCAAGGUCUCAAGAUCGAAUGGCUCCCAGGGUCGGGGUGGAAGAACAACCAACAGCAUCGACACGUGGUGUGAUUUCAGUAUCCAAUGCUGAAGACAGGUCCAUCACACCCGCGUCGGAGUCCAUAUCCAAGAAGCCAGAGAUCGAUUCCGGGUCUAUCCCAACAGAGCCCGAGUCCGGGUCCACCCCAACAGAGUCCUGGCAUCCAAGUUCAGAGCCUUUGACAUCUGAGACGGAGUCCCGUUGGGCGGUCCCACGGCACAUACCAAAGUCAAUGCCGCCAUCUUAGGAACAGGAAUGUAUGUACCUCCUAAACCAGUCGGUGGAGUGUGCACAUUUAUGGUGUUUGGAAAUGUAAUUAAUUUUUCCUAUUUACACAUUGCAAAAAUUAUAAAAACUCAUCAAAUUAGGCAAGGCUGAAACUCGCUCUCCAUUCCAUAGGACUACUGAUCAUACUCUUCAUAUUUUAUCUGGAUUUGUUGGACAUUGUCUUUAGGAGUUGAGCCUCUAAACGGUAGAAGUUGAGAUUUAUCUCAACGUUCAAAUCAAUCUGUGUAUUGUUCUUAAUUUUUUUUUAAAUCCCAAUUUCUUUUAAUAUGCUCUUAUCUUGCUUUCAGUUCAUCCAUUCAAAUAUUUAUUAUCUUUUUCUCCCCCUCCCCGCCUUAUCCCUAUUCAAUUAUCCCUUGCAUCUGAAGCCCUAAAUGUCUCUAUUUAUGAAUCAAUUUACAGUAGUCUUUUAUGAUUCCAUAUAUUUCUUGUUCAUUUAUUUUAUGACAAUAAAACAAUAUUUCUAUCACUGUUGAUACCUAUAGCCUAUUAUUAUU